AUGUUUGGGAAGUACGUGCUCUGCGGGUGGUUUUGCUUUGCACUGAUUCAGGCUGCAGCAGAUUUGCGCCAGAAGCACGUAAGUGACGCUGGACAUCAGGGCUCAUCUGAGCCUCCAGGAACCAAGAAUCAGGAGAACUCGAAGGGGCUUUUCUCCAGGACGCGAUACCUGUCCCAACAUCAACUCCACCAACCGAAGCCCAAACCGGAGCCAGCCGGAGUUGCCCCGGGGCCGGUGCGGCGCUGCGCCCGUCUGAUGGAGAACUGCUCGGCACAUAUACCGUGCUGCGAACCUUGCUCCUUCUGUCACUGUCGGCUAUUCAACACUGUCUGUCAGUGCUGGAGGCUCGGACGCUGCUCGAAAAAGAGUUAACGUGUUCAAUUCGGAGAUGUUAUGAGCACGGCUAUGUUACUAUUAACACCUCGUAAAUACGCUCCGCAUCCUCCCUUCUGCACACAGAACUGAAAAAUUCAGGGUAUUGCUUUCUUUGUCCACCCUGAUUUAUCAGCCAAUUCUGUCUGUUUGUAUUGGCUGUUGGAAAUGUGCAACUGUGAGACACACAAUGUUGGACACACAACAAAAAUACUGUUCAAACUCGAUCCUACAAAUAAUAA